AUGAAAAUUGAGUUUCCAAUGUCUGACUGCGGUGAACUCGACUCCUUCCUUGGCAUCUCAACGAUCUUCAAUGAUAAAGGUCUAUUCCUCAAUCAGAUGAAGUACGCAGAAGACAUCAUUCAACGAGCAGGGAUGCAAGACUGCAAGCCAGUGGCCAUUCCAGUUGAUCUCAAGUCCAAACUCAGUGACCAAAUUGGAACGCCGCUGCAAAAUCCAACGGAGUACCGCAGCUUAGAAGGAGCAUUGCAAUACCUCACGUUCACUCGACCGGAUAUUGCCUAUGUCGUACAACAAGUAUGUCUCUUCAUGCAUGAUCCCAGAGAUCUCCAUAUGCAGGCCCUUCGUCGCGUCUUACGCUAUCUUCAAGGUACCAAAGAACAGGGUCUUCAACUACUAAAGCACCAACCGCUGAAACUAACAGCUUACACAGAUGCUGAUUGGGCGGGAUGUCCUACAACUCGUCGAUCAACUUCAGGCUUCUGCUUGUUUCUUGGUGACAAUCUUGUCUCGUGGUCAGCAAAGAGACAACCAACGGUGUCUCGAUCAAGCGCGGAGGCAGAGUAA